AUGAGAGAGUGUUGUACUAAAGAGUACGAUAAUUUAAGUUUGAUCAACGUUUGGGAAAUCUGUUAUAAAACUAGUACUUCUAAAAGACUGUGGGAUAUUGAAAGGAAAUAUAGGAUAACAGGUUCAAGGUGUUAUUCGUUAUAUACAUAUACAUCAAACAAAAAUCCAAACUGGAUAACUAAUUCCCUGAAAUAUUUUAUUGGUAAUUCAUUAACAAAAAAGUUUGUCAAGCAUGGUAGAGAAAUGGAACCACUAGCUAAAUUGUUAUACAAAUAUGUCAACCCAGAUUGUACCAUAUUUGAACCAGGUUUAUUAGUUUGUCAGGAUAAUCCUUGGUUAGGUUAUUCAGCAGAUGGAAUUAUAUUUCAGCCUGGGAUGCAUACAAAGUUACUUGAAAUUAAAUGUCCAUACAAUGGGAAGACUGAAGGUAUAAAAUAUGUUAUACAGAACUGCAAGUAUUUGGUGAAAGAAAAUGAUGUCUAUACACUUAAAACUAGACAUGUUUACUAUGGACAAGUUCAACUUGGUAUGUUUGUGAAUAAUCUUGCAAGUACAGAUUUUUGUAUAUACUCAUCAUAUGAUAAUGGCAUGUAUAUUAUAAACAUACAAAAAAAUGAAGAAUUCAUACAUAAAAUGUUAACUAAAUUAAAACAUCACUUCUUUGAACAUAUGUUACAUACAAUAUGCUUAAGUAAAAAUAAAGAAUUAUAA